CAUUCUUCACGUUUCCCACCGUCCUCGAAGGCAACACGAUUCAGGUCCGCGGUCCGGUGGUCAUCUGACACGUCAAGGUAAACAUGUCGUCUGUGUUAUCGGCUCGGAGGGAACGGUAACCCCGCGGAAGAUAAACUCUCUUUUCACGGCCUCAUUCCUUCGCGUUUUAAGCACGCCCGGCGGGGAGGGGGAUGAACGGGGCUACUUGAAAAGCGCUCCGCGGUGGGUAAACACGGCAUCGGUCGGAGAUGCUAACGAUGAAGCUAACGGACGCUGGCUGUCCGACACCCGAGCGGACCGAAAGGACCCCGCACGAUGCUUGAAACAGACCGCCCGAGCGAGCCAGUCAGCAGCGGUUGCUAAAUCCUUCGAAGUCCAUCGCCGAGAGAGAGGCGGUGAUGCCUUCGUGCGCAUAGCGGUGCAGUUUCAUCACUUUGCGGGGAUGUCAUUCACAAUGGAGGAUCAUUUGGAGUCUGGCUGGGUCGCCGUUCGCCCGAACGCCUUCGAGGAGAAGGAGAAGCACAAAAUCGUCUUCAUCGUCGCCUGGAACGAAGUGGAAGGCAAAUUUGCGAUAACGUGUCACAACAGGACGGCGCAAAGGAGAAGCUUUGGGAGCAGCAGCAGCAGCAGCAGCAGCGGUGGCGGCGGCGGCGGAGGCACAGACGCUCCGUCCGAGGAUGGAGACAAAACAAGAUGGCCCGAAAGUGACAAAGCGUCCAGGAGCCCCGGUCCAGGUGCCAGAGAGGCUGCCGUGAAAGGCCUCAAAGGCAAGCUCCCGGGUUCCAAACUGAGCCCCGUGAAGAUUAAAACUGUGCUCAACUAUGUGUCGUCUCACGUCAGUUGCGACGGAGAACCGCAGAAAGAGGAGCAGCUGCCCUCCGUGGACACGCUGGACCUGGAGGACGGUCUGAGCCCCGAGGACUGCAGCUGGGCAGGCCUCUUUUCCUUCCAGGACCUGCGGGCGGUCCACCAGCAGCUGUGCUCGGUCAACUCGGACCUGGAGCCCUGCCUCCCCGUCUUCCCCGAGGAACCCAGCGGGAUGUGGACGGUGCUGUUUGGACCGGCUGAGGUCUCGGAGGCCGAGAUGGACGAGCUGUGCUCCGGGCUGCAGCUCUACCUCGGCCACGCGCUCGACGUAUGCGGCUGGAAGAUCCUCUCUCGGCUUCUGUUCGCCGAAAACGACGACCCGGACGAGUACUACGAGAGCCUGAGCGAGCUGAGACGGUGCGGCUACGAAGAGGCGCUUUCCCGCGAAAGUAAACACCUGCAAGAGCUUCUGGACAGACACAAGAGCUUGGACAGCAUGGUUGACUUGCUGGAACUUUAUGAGGAGGAGGACCAGGCCUACGGAUCCCUGCUGGAGGCCUCCACGCAACUGUACCAGUACCUGCUGCAGCCAUUCCGAGACAUGAGGGAGCUGGCUAUGCUGCGUAGACAACAGAUCAAGAUCUCCAUGGAGAACGACUACCUGGGCCCCAGGCGGGUUUUCGCCCUCCAGCAGGAGGACUCUGAUUGGCAGAGGAAAGCUCAAGAAGCUGUCCUGAUCAUCCAGGAGUUCACCGUAAAAUAUUUCGAGACUACGGCCAGAGCUCAGAAAGGAGUUUACGAGCGCAUGAAGGUGGACCAGCGCAAGUUCGGCAAGGCCUCGUGGACGGCGGCGGUGGAGCGCAUGGAGCGAAUCCGCUACGCCGUCGCCAAGGAAACCCUGCAGCUGCAAAGAGCGCGGGAGAUCAGCCUGGAGCAGAGGAAACGCACGCUUCGAGAAGAAAUGCAGAGCUUGUGUCGCAGCGAGGAUGCGUUGACCCUGCUGGACCGCAUGGAAUCUCAGUACUACGAGCUGCAGCUCCAACUGUACGACAUCCAGGCCGAGAUUCUGCAGUGCGAGGAGCUGCUCCUCGCCGCCCAGCUCGACCGCGUUCGAAGACAGAUGGCAGCAGAGCAUCACAACGAGGUGGUCUACUACGACACCUUUGAAAGCGCGGACGAAAUAACCCAGGAGGACACGGCGGAGAAGGAAGAACUGGAUCGACUUCAGGUCAGCGCGCGACGACUGGAGGCGCGGCGGGGGCGCAUCGUGGCCAAGCGUUCCUAUCUGAGGAGCAAGAGGGAGAUCUGUGUAUCGAACCACGUUACGAAGCAACAGAUGCGUUCGACCACUCAGAAAGACUCUCUGUCGCAAUGGGUCUUACAGACAAAAUUCGAUGAAGAGGAAGACGAACGAAAGAAUAGCAGAGUUCGUCAAGAGAGACAGAGGACUCUGGAUAGACUUCGAACCUUCAAGCAGCGCUACCCGGGUCAGGUGAUUCUCAAGUCCGCCCGCCUGCGCGCGGCCCACGGCAGAAGGAGAGAUCGCGGCAGGAUUGCGCAAACGGGCGACGAGGGCGAAAGGGAGGGGCGUUCCCAGCCCGCCGGCGCGCGGGACCCGGGCCAGCGGCCGCUGUUUCUCAGCAUCAGCGUGCAGACGGACGCCAGCUCCGCGCUCACCGCCCAGCCCGUCGCCGGCCUGGCAGCGCGGUCACUUCCUCCUUUGCCCGUGCCCGGUCCCGCGGACUCCUUCUGCUCCCCUUGCUCGCUGUCCUCGCUGCUGGCGUCGCCGACCUCGCCUCCGCCCCCUCCCCCUCCUCUUCCUCUCCCGCCAAUACGAGAACAGGUGUCGCCCUCCGAGAGCCCGGGCGGACCAUCGCGGAGGCCCGGGGGCGGGAGUGCGUCGGAGGAGCUCUCUCGGUCCUCUCUUGGCCCCUUCCACCCUCGCUUCUUUGACAGCAGCCAGCUGGUCAGCGCCCGCAAAAAACUGAGGAAGACUCCGGGCUUCGAGGCCCGCAGCAGACGAGGAAGCUCCCCCAUGGACGAAGUGCUGGCCUCCCUGAAGCGAGGCAGUUUCCACCUGAAGAAGGUGGACCAGCGGCCCGUCCCUCCCGCCGCUCAGAGCGACGACGACCCCGACAGCAUCUUGGCUCAGAUCCGAAAGGGGGUCAAACUGAGGCAGGUCCCCCCUCAAGAACGGAAAGGCCAGGAGGACGUCGCUGCCCCCAGAGACCCUCUGACCCAAAGUAUCUAUGAGGCGCUUCGACGGAUCAAAGAGGCCUCGCCGGAGUCGGACUCCGAUGACGACGGGCCGGGCGGGCCCGACUGGGAAAGCUAGGGUUAGUAACUCAGACCAAAUGUAACCAAUAACACCACACAAUCGCCAAUAGGAAUCCACUCCUGUCCCCAAAAGGUACAGUUGGUGCAACUAUUGCCAUAAUUACAGUAUUUGACCCGGUUUGCACCCUUUCCAAGUCCAAAACGGUACAAGCGUGUUCCCAAUAGAACUAUCUUUGAGGGUGCUUCAUAGUGACAUUGUACCGUUAGAGGGCCAAGCCUGUACUUGAACUGUACACCGUGCUACACACACACAACCACAAAAGGGGAUGAGGCGCACUAAAUAUCACCAAAAAUUGGUCAUCCUGAUCAUUUUUUAUUCUAAUUCUCCACAAUCUUCAUAAUUAUUGUACCGCGUACUGUCACAAUGUAACAAUGCCAUAUUUAUUAGUAGUUAUUCAACUGUUGUGUAGCUAUUCUAAACACUCCCGUUUUGUUUUUGUUGGGUUUUUUUUUUCCCCCUUGACCCUUUCCACUGAGCCUUAAAUACGGAACGAAAAACCUCGCAAGCGGAAAUCUGUCUCGACGCCGUCACAGGAAAAAAAAAAACAACGCUUACGGGCACGGGUUGUACAUCGGGGUCAUAUGGAUUAUGGGAAUACAAAUAAUCCCUCUGAGAUUUCAUCGAGGAUCACGAGGUCCGAGCGUUACCAUGUAACAUGACCGCCGUCACCAUCUUUAAUAUUUUCGGCGUUACGUCCAAGAAGUCGGUGCCCGCGCUGGGGCGUAACGUGUGCUUCGUGUCGUGGAGACAGUACAGUAAAGGCACGCUGCUUCCUUAAUACGACAUUGCACAGAAGCGGUAAAUCCUUCAGUAUGUCGUGCUGGAUCCGACCCCCUUCCCCCACUUCCUGUCCCCUCCUGGCCUCGCCACCCGCGUGUUCCUCAUCCAGCUCGGAUGACCAUCUGCUCAGCGGCCAGCGUGCUAUACGAUAGCGCCGUGGGCGAUGUGGCGCGUCCGUUCGCGGAUGCAGGGAGAAAAUCGUGUCGCGUGAAGCCUCCGCAACGAGUGCGAGGAGAUCCCCGAGCUUUGUGCGGAUAGACCGAGGGGGGCCGCGCGUCACUGGCGACGGCUCCUCCAGCUUCUCCACGUGCACACUCGAGUAGGCAGUCACGCUCGGUUGCGAGUCAGCCACUCGCGCGCUAACCCGCACGCAAAUUUUUUCGCCAACGUGCGCUCGCGGACCACGUUUUGUCACUAUUUUGCUUGCGACUGGUGAUUCCCGGUGUCAUCUAUGGUGCGUUACGCGGACAAAACAAUUGGGACACUUUGCUAUUUCAUCUGCGAGAUCUGAAAAUUUACAAAAGUAAAUUAGUGCCACCGGGAUUUGAACGUGAAAUGUAAAGUGAUCCCAUUUUCAAUAGUUGUAUUUCAGUGUAACUUUUCAAUGUUAACAAUGGAUAGGUUUCCGGUGACUCCGCCGCAGUCCCGGGAGUCCCUUGUCCGCCAUUUUGAGUGUCUAAAGCAAGUUAGCGUCCAAGCAAGCCCCUUUCGUCCGAUAAUAAUGGGCCGCACGUGCCUAGUUUGGCGCCGUGCUAACCGCGCUGAAUCUGGGCAAACAAAGAGGUAGUAUUUUGAUAUUCCAAAGGGAAGUAAAACGACGCGACUGUCGACAGAAAGACGGGAACCGAUGGUUGUCGAGGAUCUUCCAGAUCCAACACAGAGACACUGCGAAGUUCGGUCGGAUAAUUUUGUAACGUUUUCAAUUAAAUACUUGAGGCAACAAGGAAUAAAAUAAGUUACGUAUUCUACACAAAGGUAUGACAGAGAAUUCUUUAAGAGGGAAAAAAAAAAUCGACCCAGUAAGACCUCUCUUCUAUGACUGUCUCGCUAUUCCGUAAUUUUACUGAAGCAUCGGCUGCAAAAAAGAAGGGCAGCCACGUGUGAACACACUUCUCCGAGACCGGCCAAACCGGUCCAAUGACCGGAGAGAAACGCAGCCAAUCUUUUUGGGAUAUGAUCCAGGGACGUAGUCGUGGAUCGGUAGACCUCUUGAGAAUAUCUUACUCGAGCCGCCGUUACGCACCGAUUACCGAUAACCCGUUGCCGUACAUCUUGAGCCCACCCACUUGCAAAGUCAUCGUAGGCUUGUCGAGACUUGUAAGCCUUUAGUUCGUCAAGCGUGUAAGCGUUCACAGAAUUUGCGAGAUAAUUAGCGAUAUCGGAUAUGUGACGUCGGGGUACCUUCCUCGUCGUCACUCCGGUUGCUUGCUUGAAAUUCACAUGGAUAUUUCCCGCCGAUGUCCUUCAAUUUCUCCAAGUAUUUGGUACUGCUUAACCUUCUGUUGACCCAUGUUGCAUUUUUGCAGAUGGUACAACAUGGGUCAACAGAGUAG